GCUUAAUUACAUGAUUUGGAGGUAGCAGUGAAAAUAUAUACAGAAGUCGUGAUAUUAAUGGAGGGGGAAGAGGCUAACAAUAUUAAUGGAACUAAAACGCCAUUGCUGGAGGGGUGGAAGCUUAGUGGAAGUGGACGGCGGAGCAGCCGGCGUUUCAGCCGUCAUAACUCUUUCACGUCGCUCCGCCGUGAUUUCUUGUCUAGGCUUCCAGAUAAGGUGAUCAACUCUUGUGUUAUUGAUUCUGAAGCUUCAUCCAUUGUUAAUAACCUCUCCAUAUCCUCUGACUUAACCAAAGGAGAAAAGGAAUACUAUGAAAAACAGUUUGAAACCUUGAAGUCAUUCGAGGAAGUUGAUAUUGCAGUCGCUGCUGAUUGCAUUGAUGAAGAAGAUCUUGAAGAGCAAGCCCAACAUGAGAGAGCAAUGAGAAUCUCCAAUUAUGCAAACAUUAUACUGCUUGCUCUCAAGAUCUAUGCCACAGUAAAGAGUGGUUCUUUAGCUAUUGCUGCAUCUACAUUGGAUUCAUUACUUGACCUCAUGGCUGGUGGAAUACUAUGGUUCACUCAUCUUUCAAUGAAGAACAUUAAUGUCUAUAAAUAUCCUAUUGGAAAAUUGAGAGUGCAGCCUGUUGGAAUCAUCGUCUUUGCUGCUAUUAUGGCUACACUUGGCUUUCAGGUGCUGAUCCAGGCUGUAGAACAACUAGUUGAAAAUAAACCUACUGAAAAGAUGACUUUGAAUCAGCUCGCAUGGUUAUAUUCCAUCAUGUUAACUGCCACAGUAGUAAAACUUGCCCUAUGGCUUUACUGUAGAAGCUCAGGAAACAACAUUGUUCGUGCGUAUGCAAAGGAUCACUACUUCGACGUGGUUACUAACGUAGUCGGGUUAAUAGCAGCUGUACUUGGUGAUAAGUUCUACUGGUGGAUUGAUCCUGUUGGUGCUCUUAUCCUUGCUAUUUAUACAAUCUCAAAUUGGUCAGGCACUGUGAUAGAGAAUGCAGUGUCACUGGUGGGACAAUCAGCUCCGCCUGAAGUUAUGCAGAAGUUAACAUAUCUUGUUAUAAGACAUCCUCAAGUGAAACGUGUUGAUACAGUUCGAGCAUACACCUUUGGUGUCUUGUACUUUGUUGAGGUUGAUAUUGAACUCCCAGAAGAUUUGCCAUUGAAAGAAGCACAUAUUAUCGGAGAGACUCUACAAAUAAAGCUCGAGAAACUCCCUGAAGUCGAACGUGCAUUUGUUCAUCUUGAUUUUGAAUGUGAACACAAACCAGAACACUCUGUCCCCAGCAAGCUGCCCAACAAUGAAACUUAAGUGCACAUAAACUAGGAGAAAAUUCAAUAUAAAGAAUUGGUGUUGCUGGAAUGGCUUUGGUUGGGAGCUCAGCUGCUCCUGAACCUCUACAAAUAUACUCUUGGUCAUGUUUGAGAAAUUUGCAUGAUAAUUUUUGUAUAUUGAUUUAAAACAUUUCUCCUAACUUCAUAUUAUCCAACAUACUGGAUUUAUUGAAGAUCCCAAGACCUUUCCUAGCUAUUGGAGCUUUUAUCAUUUUCAGGAUAAUUUCCUGUCAAGGGUCAUGAGAAUAUCAAUACUCCUGUGUAGUUUGUGUUAUGUCAUUCUUGAACUGCAAUUUACAUUGUAAAUCCAAUUUAAAUAAAUUUGUAAUAGAAAGCUCCUUCCUUUUUCUAAUAAUGAAGAAAAAUUAAGCUCAUUUUGGAUUUACAUAUUGGAAUGAAAUGACUUGAACUAAGCAUAAAGGAUACAAAGGAUCCAUAAAUUUGGAAAUUUGUGCAGUUAAUUGUAUAUACAUCACAUAAGAAAGUUCACCAAAAACUGCGCUGUUCGGACGAGCUAAAUGAAACAAGUGCCACUAUAACUAAAAUUUCCUAUGCCAUAACAAUCGUUUAACCUACCAACCACUUUUUACAAUUGCCCAUGAUAGAAAAAGAGAAUAGAACAAUAAGAAAAGGGAAGGGGGGGGGGGGGGG